GUUUACUUGAUCUCGGAAACGAACAUUGUGCUGUUUCAGACUAUUGGAAUAGCAAUGGAUGAGAGUUGUCAGCGAAUGUAAAAUUGUUCAUCUUCCUCGUCUUUAACCAUGGCGAUGGUGGGAGGAGACCUAUUAGGGGAGGGGUCAAGUCCAGGUAGCACCGCCCCUACAGUUACCACGGGCUCCGCCUCCAGUCCUCAGAGUGAAGCUGUAACCAAUGAGCUGCAAGAACUGUCUCUACAGCCCACCCCCAACUUGCUUCCUAUUCAUGAAAGAAAGAAUGUGCUUCAACUCAGACUUCAGCAGAGAAGGACUCGAGAAGAACUUGUUAACCAAGGGAUCAUGCCACCACUGAAAAGUUCUGCUUCCUUUCACGAACAAAGACGAAGUUUAGAGCGAGCCAGGACUGAGGACUACCUGAAGAGAAAGAUUCGCAGUCGUCCAGAAAGAUCUGAGCUGGUCAGGAUGCACAUUUUAGAAGAGACAUCGGCUGAGCCCUCUCUUCAAGCCAAGCAACUUCUGCUAAAACGUGCCCGUCUGGCCGAUGACCUGAAUGAUAAAAUCUCCCAGCGGCCCGGACCAAUGGAGCUCAUUCACAAAAACAUCCUUCCAGUACACAGCAGCCUCAAACAAGCCAUCAUAGAAACCCAGUUUCCAAAAGUCGAGAGCUCAUCGUUCGACGAGGAAAGCAGUGAUGCGUUCUCGCCUGACCAAAUAGUCUGUCAAGACUCUCCUCCUCCUGGCUCCACCCACUUACCGUCUCCACCUGCGAUACCUGCCAGUGAAACCACACCCAAAAAGGUCCCGCCCGCUCCUCCUCCACCUCCACUGCCAAAUACAUCUGGCCCCGCCCCCCAGCAGAAACUGGCCAAUGGUACAACAGGCCAAAAGCAAGCUUCUGCAUUGCAAAAGGGUUGUAAAGCGUCAAGCGAGCGGCCCAUUCAGCGCACUAAAAAGGUAAAGGACAAUAAGCCAAAGGUAAAGAAGCUGAAAUACCACCAGUACGUUCCUCCGGAUCAGAAGGCCGAGCGUGAUCCUCCACCAAUGCUCGACUCCUCCUACGCCAAACUCCUCUAUCAGCAGCAACUCUUCCUUCAGCUGCAGAUCAUCAACCAACAGCAGCAAAACUACAACUACCCUACCAUCCUACCGGCACCGCCCAAGCCUCCAGCUGACCAACAGCCUCCUUCAGCCAAUGGCUCUUCACCAUCCAGGAAUGCCCCGCCCCCUCAAUUAACAUCCACUACUUUCCACCUUACCACAAAAUUUGGGCCUCUGCCUCCCAACUUGGAUGAGCUAAAGGUGGCAGAGCUGAAGCAGGAGCUGAAACUGCGUGGCUUGACCGUAUCCGGAACCAAAAAUGACCUUAUCGAACGGCUGAAGAACUUUGAGGAACAAAACGGUGGAAAUAUGCCAACAUUUUCAAGCAGCAACACAACACAACAGCAACCAGGCCCACCCUCAGGCACAGUCCCUGCCGUGGGAGGGGCCUCUUCCCCUCGGCAAUCAACGGACGGCAAUACGGUGGCUUUUUCGAUCCCAUUGGCUGCCACUGCAGAACAGGGCAGGACUAGGGCGACAGCUCCGCAGAUGAUGCCGUUUGGCAGCACUAGCUCCUCCCCUCCCGUUUCGCCCACUCACUCUGAGCGCUCAUUGGCUGGGAUGAGUCCAGAUGAAAUGAGCUGUAAUGGGGAUGCUUUUGGUGAAAUGGUGACGUCUCCACUUACCCAGCUCACCUUGCAGCCCUCUUCCCCUUUCACAACAACAGUCCGCAUUAAGGAGGAGCCCAACAGCCAGGCACCUCGGUCCUCCUGUUGUCUGGUAUCCACUACAGCGCCCCCUGUAGACAAGGACCGGAUGCUGCAGGAGAAGGACCGGCGCAUUCAGCAGCUCACGCGCAUGCUGUUGCAGAAGCAGCAGCUGGUGGAGUCUCUCCGCUCACAGCUGGAGGGCAAACCGGUCCGAGUGAAAGAGGAAUCUGCUGAUGUCAGUAUAGAGAUGGUCACAGCCGCUGUGAAAGAAGAGGUCAUAGAGGUGCAUGAAGAGAGUGAGAUGGCCACAGAGCCUCAGGCCCUCCCGCAGGCAGCGGAGACGCAGAUGCAAGCGCAGCUGCUGCAGCAGAGGUUGGAGCAGGACCGGCAGCAACAGCUCGUAAUGCAACAGAAUCAGCGUAACCUGCAGCAACAAGCGCAUCAGAGGAAGAGGAAAACAAACAAACAUCCUAACCAGAUGCAGGCCAAACCGCAUCUGCAAAAACAACAGGUGUCUCAGUCUGACACUAACCAGCAGUCAAGUCGCAUUUCUUCAGUCACAUUGGAUGUACCUAAAUCUAACUCCGCCCCCACAAUUGUGAUGGACAGCAAUGGCAACCAGUUCCUGCUAACUCUGUCAAAUCAAAACACAGAGAGACCAACCCGAGGACAACCCAAGAGCAAAAUGACCAAUCAUAUCACGCUUCAGAGACUACAGUCCACACCUAUCAGGCCACCCAGCCAAUCAGUCGCUGAGUUGCCUAAUAACAAUAACCAGUCCGAACGGCCCAUACAAACCGUCAUUUUGAAGCAGCCAAUCAAAAAGGCACUAAAGCCGGAUCUUAAAGUGACAUACAAUUACAAAAUGUCAAACUCUGCAUCCAUCUCAACGUCAUCCAAUUUCCAGACCUCCAUUUCUCCAAUGGAUUCCACAACCAACACCAGACCAACAUCUCCAAACAACAACAACAAUGAAAUGAUGUGUCAGGACCAGCAAGCUUUGCUCUCUUCUCCGACCUCCAGCUUGUGUUCUCCCAGUCCCAUUGGUCACCAGGAAAAUGGCUGUAACCAGCAGGUUGAUGACCUGUUUGACAUCUUAAUUCAGCGUGGAGACAUAUCAGAAAAUUUCAAAUCCACCCCUGAUCCCGUUCUCGAACGGCUCCGCCCAAAUACCCCUCUUUCGUUAAGCCCCUUUCCUCUCACCGUCUCCACCCCUCCCUCUGAUCUGCCCCUCAAAACUUGGAUUUUAGAACCUCAACCUCCGUCUAAUACCCACACCAACCGUGAGACGGGAAGCGGCCGUCUUGAAGAUUUCCUGGAAAGCACUACUGGCAAACCAUUGCUGGGUGUGGAGCCAGGAGGACCCAUGACGCUAAUCGUGGAUCUCCACAACCAAAUGCUCAGCACACCGAGUAUCCUCGACCACCCUUGUUCGCCGAUGGAUACGUGUGACCUGAGUUUCACUAGUCACUCGGUGUCAGACUCCGUUCCUGACAGUAUGGAUUGGCUAGACUUUGGAAUGGGUGGUGUUGGAGGGGAGGGGCCAGGGAUGAUGAACCUGAACGGACACGCCCCCUCUAGCUUAUUUUCGGCAGACUUUCUGGACACGUCGGAUCUUAAUUGGUCCACCUUUUAGCUUGUGAGGUUUUCUCGGAUGCCAGUCUGAGCCAGGAUUAUCAUCCUUCACUUACUAAAGGUUUUAUAAUUGUUUCCUGCAUUGACUUUUCUAGUUCAGAACAACUGAUGAAUUAGAUAAGAAACUUGCUACACUUUUCCUUAACCCUAACCCACUCAAAACACAAAAAUAUGCGCACACACGUACAUCUCAAAGAUGUUUAUUCUGUAUUUAUUUGAUCUGAAAGAUAGCAUUUGUUCAUCUGCUGUAAUUCACUAAAAUGUUUUCAUAUAUUCAGCAGAUGCUGUCGUGACGUCUCUCCAGAUGAAACACUCUUUCACAAAUGUCUCUGCGACAUACGUGUGGUUACUGGUAGUCACAAAAAAAACCAAGCAAUCUGUUUCUUAAUAGUAAAUGCACAUACAGUGUUGGUUUUUUUACAGCAACUAAAUAUAAAAUUUUGUCAUUUUAGAUGCUGAAGCAUCUUUUUGAGCUCGCUUUUACCAACCAAUGCAUUUAAUGCGUAUUCAAAACAUAUCCGUAUCUGGAUAUUACUAUAUAUAUAUAUAUAUAUAUAUAUAUAUAUAUAUAUACUCUUUCACAUCCCAAAAAUAAGCCAAUUUAAAGGGGCCAUAUCAUUAAAAUCUGACUUUUUCCAUGUUUAUGUGCUACAAUUGGGUCAUCAGUGCUUCUAAAAAGGAUCAACCCAGUAACGUAGUUUUAGAAACUAUUUUUUGCAAGCAUGUGAAAAAAUAGGUCAUUGAAAUGUGGCUCUCCUUGUGAUGUCAGAAGGGGAUCUUAUUAUAAUAAAAAUAAUACCGCCCCUUAAUCUGCACUAUCCAACCACAGCACUGCUAUUUAAUGCAAAGAGAAAAAGAGAGAGAAAAUAAUUGACAGCACAAUUGAGUUUCGAUUUCAACAAACUGCUGAUUAGUGCUUGCAUUUCAUCAGCUCAUUUGCAUUUUAAAGGACACAUCUAAAUAUGGCAAAUUUUAAUAUAUAAAGAUAUAAAUUAUCUAUAUGGUAUUUUGAGCUAAAACUUCAAAUACGUACAAAAUUUAUUUAUUUAUUUAAUUAGACUAAAAUAUAUGGCUUAAGUCUCAUUGCAUCCUUUUAUGGAGAAAGUGUUCGCAGUAUUAACCAAUGAUGACAAUAUCUUUAAACUUUUAUAUUAUUCAGCUACCUAGCUAGUUGUUUUUAUUUGCGGUAUUUUAUUCUAUUUUAGUAUCAAAAUGUCAGUGAGAAGACGAGGAAUAAUACUUAAUAAAUAAAACUUUAACUAUCAAGUGGCAGAUGCAAUGGAGAGCUGUUAUUAGUCGCGACUAAACAUUUGCAGAAUAAAAGUUUUGUACACACAAAUAUUAAAUGUGUGUGUAAUGUGUAUAAAAAUUAUGUAUAUAUAAAUGCACACACAUGCAUGUAUAUAUUUAAGAAAUAUUUGCAUGUGUAUAAACAUUGUAGAUUUAUAUAUAAUUUAUAUAAUAUAUAAAUAUUUAUUAUAUGAAUAUAUUUUUCCUUAAGUGUUUGUUUGUAUUUAUAUAUACAUAAUAUACUUUGAUGUACUUUGUAUAAUAAUAAUAAUUAUGUAAACAAAAACUUUUAUUCUGCAAACGAAUAGUCGUGCCUAAGCAUUAGGCAGCCCUAGCUGUUAUGCUUGUCUUUGGUAGCUUCAUUGAUGUUAAAUAAAAAAUAAGCCUACAAAAAACUGAACCAGAAGCGUUGUGACAUGUUUUGCAGAAUACGGAAGUUUGUUGCGCAAAUUCCCCAUUACCAUUCAGAUAUAGCUGAAAUAUUUUCUGAAGCGUAUUUUGUUGUCAUUCGGUUUACCUCUAAUACUGUAAGAAGGAAACUUAAAGGGAUACUUUACCCAAAAAUUUAAAUUCUGCCAUCAUUUACUCAUUUUCAUGUUGUUACAAACCUGUAUAAAUUUCGUAAAAUUCUCAAAAUGUUUUUCUUUGUGUUCAUCAGAACAAAGAAAUUUAUACAGGUUUGUAAAAACAUUAGGGUGAGUAAAUGAUAACAGAAUUUUCAUUUUUGGGUGAACUAUCCCUUUUACAGCUUUAUGUGUCCACAGUUAAGUUCGCAGUAUAGUCCGUUUUUAUUUUUACGUGAACGCACAUCCUUUCAAAGCAUGGUUUAUUUGACUCGUACGUGUAUGCAGACGUUCGUCGCAUGCGCAUUGCGACAAAAUACAGCACAUUUACCACAUGCGCACGGUUUGAAAAAUCUGGCGCUGAGCACUCUUCUAAUGACAAAUUGCGUUAUGUGUGCUGUACGCAGACCCUUGCAUACACAUAUAAAGUGGACCGUACUACUGCCUUUACCUAUUUUGUACAGUAGAGGUGCUGGAGAUAUUAUUUCAUGUACCGUAUAGAUCUGAGAUGUUAUACUGUAGAUUUAUCAGUUAUAUAUUUACAAUGAUGAACAGUAUAACACAAAAUCAAUAUGCUUUAUGCAUUCUUUGGUAUUAUGGACUUACGUCACAACUAUAAAGAAUAUUUAUAUUUGUUGCUGAGAGGAACGUGUACAGUUUUUGUUACUGGUAGUACUUUCAAUCAACAGAGAUAGCUGCCAACCACAGUAAUAACAAACUUGCAUUUUGCAAGAUCAAACAAAGUUAGGUGUUCAACUCUAAACAAAACUUGGGUGUUUUUCAUGCCAAGUUUACUUAGAAAUGAUUGCCAAAUCUUAUAAAUGUGAGGGAGGUUUAUCAAACCUAAAGAGGUUUAUUGCAAUCCUAUCCCUAAUGUGUAGAAAACAUCAAGUGAAGUUUAAUAUUUGAGUGUACUUGUUCUCAAAGUGGAGAAGUUGCCUGCACCUUUCAAACGUUUUUAUUUUAUUUUGCUUUCUUAUGGGACGUUGUGUUGUAUUGUAAAUAUGCUGCACUGUAUAUGAAUGUACAUGUUAUCUAUAUGCCUAUCACAGUGCAUGUCAUACUGUAUUUUGUCAAUACUCCUGUCUUUAAGUGGAGUUUUGAUUUGUAGUAAUUAAGAGAUAAUGAAUGUUUCUGAGAUGAUCUGAAUGUAUAGAUUUUACUGUAUAGAAGAUAUUUGCCAGAUAUAAUGAAGCAUAAUCGCAAACAAAUCAAUAAGCAAUUUUUGCAUUUCAAGGACCUAUAGACACUUGCAUAUAUUAUUGCUGUUACUCUGAAAGCUAUUAAUGCGCUGCUUGAAUGUACAUUUUUGUAUUGUUGCAUAUCAGCUCAGGAACCUACAGAUUUUACUGUGCGUGCGUGCGUGUCUGUGUGUGCAUGUAUGUUCAUAUAUAUGUGUGUGCGUGUACAUGUGUGUGUAUAUAUAUAUGUGUGUGUGUGUUGUGAGAGAGAGAUGUCAUUUGGGAGAAACAGCAUUAUUGUCUGCAGUAUUCACCGUCCAUCUGUCUGAAUUUGUUCUUUGGCUUGUACUUCAUGUGGUCGAGCCCAAACUCGGCUUCAUAUCCACAGGGUCCUCAGUCCACCACCCCCUGCAGUAAAGACUAAAUAUCAACAUUGGAUAAUUGUGUUACUGGGUGGGGCUUGAGAGCCUUUCAGGGUUUAAACUUAAGGUUUUUGUUUUUGGAAAAUAAAUAAACAUUAAUACA